CUCCUCCAGUGUGGGGAGGUGGGAGGGGGCGCGCGUGUGAAGAAGAGCUCCUCUGAUUAACCCUAUCGGGGCUGACUCUGUGCCUUCUCCUCCUUUUUCCUAGGUGCAGCCAUGGCUCCGGUCCUGCUCUUCCUGGGUGUCGUCUUUCUAGCCAGCCCUGCGAAGGCCGAAGAGAGCUCGGUCCUGUCAGCUGUCUCAUGUUUUACCAGAGGGCUGGAUCUCAGAAAAAAUAAUAUAGAUGUCCUCUGCCCAUCGGACUGUCCUACAUGGCAAUUCCAAGUCUAUGGGAAUGUUGCGUACGCCUCCCUUUCCAGCGUUUGUGGAGCUGCCGUUCACAGAGGGGUGAUCACCAGUAAAGGUGGACCUGUCAGAGUGCAAAUAUUGCCAGGGCAAGAGAACUACCUUGCAAUCUAUGCCAAUGGAAUCCAGUCUCAAGCACUCGCUAGAUGGUCAUCAUCAUUCUCAGUUUCCAGACCCCAGAGUGCUGCACUUGAAGCUGUUGGGCGGCCAAUUUCAACAGCACGCCCACCCACAGGUAAACGGCCCAAGAAAACAGUUGAGAAAAAAUCUGGGAACAAAGACUGUAAAGCGGAUAUUGCUUUUCUGAUUGAUGGAAGCUACAAUAUUGGGCAGCGUAGAUUUAAUUUGCAGAAGAACUUUGUUGGGAAAGUAGCGGUGAUGCUGGGAAUUGGAUCUGAAGGACCGCAUGUGGGAGUUGUACAAGCCAGUGAGCAUCCAAAAACAGAAUUUUACCUGAAAAACUUCACUGCAUCAAAAGAUGUUUUAUUUGCCAUAAAAGAGAUAGGUUUCAAAGGAGGCAAUUCCAAUACAGGAAAAGCAUUGAAACACACAGCACAAAAAUUCUUUACUGCUGAAAAUGGGGUACGCAAAGGCAUUCCUAAAGUCAUCGUGGUUUUCAUAGAUGGCUGGCCAUCAGACAAUUUGGAAGAAGCUGGAAUAGUGGCCAGAGAAUUUGGUAUUAAUGUAUUCAUUGUGUCCAUUGCAAAGCCCACACCCGAAGAGCUUGGGAUGGUUCAAGACAUUGGCUUUGUUGAGAAGGCUGUUUGUCAAAAUAAUGGCUUCUUCUCCUACAACAUACCCACUUGGUUUGGUACUACAAAAUAUGUGAAGCCACUUGUUCAAAAACUCUGUGCUCAUGAACAAAUGUUGUGCAGCAAGACAUGCUACAACUCAGUCAACAUUGCUUUCCUGAUAGAUGGCUCCAGCAGCGUUGGAGAUAGCAAUUUCCGUCUCAUGCUUGAAUUUAUCAGCAAUGUUGCCAAAUCAUUUGAGAUCACAGAUAUUGGUGCCAAAAUUGCAGCAGUUCAGUUCACCUAUGACCAGCGCACUGAGUUCAGCUUUACAGACUACGUCACAAAAGAGAGGGUUCUUUCUGCCGUCCGAGGAAUCCGUUACAUGAGUGGUGGCACAGCUACUGGAGAGGCCAUUACCUAUACAACCAGAAAUGUUUUUGGACCUGUGAGAGAUGGGGCCAACAAAAAUUUCCUGGUGAUUUUGACUGAUGGCCAGUCUUAUGAUGAUGUCCGAGGACCCGCUGUUUCUGCUCACAAAGCAGGUAUUACCACCUUCUCCAUUGGCAUUGCUUGGGCACCACUGGAAGACUUAAAAGAUAUGGCAUCUGAACCAAGGGAGACACACACCUUUUUCACAAGAGAGUUUAUGGGACUGGAGCAGCUUGUUCCUGAUGUUGUUAGAGGCAUUUGCAGAGAUUUCUUGGACUCCAAACAGUAAAUGGAAGGCUGCAGGAGGUGACUCUAAAUCACGUCAGGAAUGCCAAGGAGGUCUCUCUAGGGUAUAGAUGUUCUGUUAUUCUAGCACACAAAGGGCUACUCUUCUGCUUUCUUUAGGCAGAUCUUGUACGGAAGUCAGUGGAAGUUUUGUUUGAAUAAACAGUAAGCGGAGAAGUUAGCCCAAAGCUGCCAUUACAUAUGUAUAUUUAAUAUUUCUCAGUUAAAGUUUAAAGUGAUGCAGAUCUUAUAGUUAAGGUUACUUGAUAUUCAUGUUAUGUAUAUAGAGAAAAUACACAGCUGCUCCUGGCAUUAAAUGCUGAAUAUAAUCUCAGAUACAUUCUAUCAAGUGUAAAAAAGAUUGCUUUAGAAUACUAUCAACUGUGGUGAAAGGAAUGUUUUGCUGAAUACAUAGCUAUCAGCGCUGCAUUUGCAUAGCACAGACUAGUGCUUAGAACGUCUUGUAUGCAUCCUGAUAGACAGUUCAUGUACAGCAAUUAGUUUCUUAAAAAACUAUUUGACUACUCCAAAGCACAAAUAAAAGCUGUUUAAAAUCUGGCUAAGUUUGGAUUUAAAACAAAACAAAAACAACAUAUACACACAAACCUUGGUCAUGUGCAUCUCCAAAGAUUUGGUACUGUAUGAAUAAUUACUUGCUUAAAAAAAAUAAAAAGCAUUGAGUUCUCACUUCCUUAAUUGCCUGGAAUGCAAUGAAAGUAUUAAGAAGAAGAAAAAUGUUUUAAGGGGCAACUUUCAGCUUUUAUCUGAAUUAAUUCAAUUGUUGUCAGUGGGACUGAAUUUAUUUAAAUCCAGUUAUACCACAUUAAAAGACCCAUGAAUUGGGCUGUAAACUGCCUACCCACCAUCAACUGCAGAAGUCUUUGCCCCGCAACAAGUUGUUUUGUUUGUAAACAUUAUAAGCAAUUAUGAAAGGUACAGAAGGGAUCAUAUUUAACUGGCUUUUAGUCAUAAUUUAUGAUUGUCAAUAUAUUACAUAAAUAUAAGUGGCAACAAUGCCUAGUAUUUUUCUACUUUAUUACCUAGAUAUUUCAACACAGGUGUUGUUGUUUUUAGUAUGUGGGAGGGAAAAAUAUGCACUUUUCUCAGAUUACUAUUUUAUUCAUAGCUUUAAAACUGUUUGAUAUGGAAAAUACACAUACCUUACAUGACAGCUGUUCUCCACACUAUGGUUUGUUUGUUUUUUUAUAAGACUCCCAAUAGUAUGCUAUAAUUCAAUAAAGCAAUAACAAAGAAUGCA